AUGAGACUCCUCAUGGCUGAUCGAUCAAUCAAGCACCCAGUCGGAAUACUCUAUUACAUAUUGGUAAAAGUGGAUCAGUUCAUCUUUUUGGCUGAUUUUGUGAUUCUAGACUGUGAGAUCGAUGCUGAAAUUCUCAUUAUUUUGGGAAGGCCAUUCUUAGCUACCAGAAGAGCAUUGGUGGAUGUUGAAAGUGGGAAAUUGAAGUUCCGUGUGAAUGCUAAUGAGGUGACCUUCAAUAUAUGUAAGUCCAUGAAGCAACCAAGUAACAUCCAUGUGGUGUCCACUAUGGAACUGAUAGAUAAGGCAGUGGCAAGUGUGAGUCAUUUAAUGCGCAAAAAUGAGCCCCUUGAAUUUGUGCUUGCUAAUUAUGAUGACUCUGAAGUUCUUGGUUACGAGGAAGUGGUAGUUGCUUUAUCAGGAUUAGGAGCAUAUUCAAGGAAUCCAAUGAAAUUGGAUAUCGAUCAGAAAAAUGGAGAAAGUCCCCCUGCUAAACCAUCAACACAAGAACCACCGAAUUUGGAGUUAAAAGCCCUACCCUGUCAUCUCAAAUAUGCUUUCUUAGGAGCGAAUAAUACUCUACCGGUAAUUAUCGCCGCCAAUCUGCUUGAAAGGCAGGUGAAAUUUCCCAUUGAAGUACUGUGGAAGCAUAUAAAAGCUACUAGAUGGACAAUAGCCAAUAUAGUAGGAAUUCCUCCUGGCAUCUGUACUCACAAAAUUUGGCUUGACAAUGAAUGCAAACCUAGUGUAGAACAUCAACGGAGAUUGAACCCUCCAAUGAAAGAGGUGGUCAAGAAGGAAAUCAUCAAGUGGCUAGAUGCAGGAUAUUGUCAAAGACUCUAUGGAGGCGUUCAUGGACGACUUCUUAGCCAUAGGGGAUACGUUCGAAGAAUGCUUGACUCAGUUAGGAUAGGUACUCCAAAGAUGUAUAGAAACGAAUCUUGUUCUGAAUUGGGAGAAAUGUCACUUUAUGGUAAAAAAAAAGGUAUUAUUCUUGGGCAUAAGGUGUCACAAAAGGGGAUGGAAGUUGACAAUGCAAAAAUUGAGGUCAUUGAGAAAUUACCCCCGCCGAUUUCAGUAAAGGGUGUUCGUAGUUUCUUAGGGCACACAGGAUUUUACAGAAAGUUCCUUAAAGAUUUCUCAAAGAUUGCACUCCCAUUAUGCAAACUCUUAGAGAAGGAAGUGAAAUUCCACUUUAAUCAUGCUUGUACGACUGCAUUUCAGUGUUUGAAAGAGAAACUACUAUCCACUCCGAUCAUCAUCUACCCUAAUUGGUCCGAAUCUUUUGAAUUAAUGUGUGAUGCCAGCGGUAUGGGACUGGGGAUUGUGUUAGGGCAAAAGCGCAACAAACUACUUCACCCAAUCUACUACGCAAGCAAGACUCUAAAUAGUGCUCAGCAAAAUUAUAUGGUCACCGAACAAGAGUUGCUUGCAGUAGUCUAUGCAUUUGAGAAAUUCAGGGCAUACUUGCUUAGCACCAAAGUAAUCGUACACAUUGAUCAUGUUGCACUCUAUUAUUUGAUGGCAAAGAAAGAUGCAAAACCAUGA